ACAAGACGAUUCCGUUCGCUGGGGUCAGAUCGGGAACGGGAACACUUUUUGAGUUUGCUCCCCGCUUUUGGUCCAAUACACGACGUGAAACAGAUUGAAGUCGAGUCGUUCUGCCGCGGUGGGAAAAGAAAGUUCCGCGAGUGCGGAAAGCGAAACGUUUGGAUUUCUUGAAGUUGUUUGUGCUGCAGAUUCCGGGAUUAGCGACAAAUUACGAGAGCGGCCGAAAGUGAUCUUCCUCAAGGCAUUGCCAGGGGCCAGGGCAUUAGUCGCGGCCGCGAGUGUGUGCGUGUGGCUUGCUGGGUCGGUUCGUGAGGCAGUCGUGUGUCAACAGUCGUUGGCUAGGGGAAGCGUGCGUGUUCCUCUAAUUCACGGGUUUUUGGCAGACUCGGUCACCUGCGGGGUAAAAUUUCUGAUUGGACCUCGACCGUACCUUGGAGUUUUCAUUGGAGCCACGCUACGAACCGCUUGCUUUCAUAUUGGGGCUUAACGUUCGGAUCAUCGUUGCAACCUUUCGGGAAUGUACUAGAUUGCAGUGACUACCCGUAGUAGUUGGGAGCUGGAGAGAGAGAGUUGUGUUUUCUGCGACUCUGGUCGAGCUUGGAGCAGUUUCGCGAGGCCAGUGUCGAGAUUUGAGACAGUGGCGGUGUGAAUUUUAGACAAAAGUCUGGGAAGAAGUGUCCGCGCAAAGUUAUCGGGCCGUGGGAAAAUGGUGGGACGUUCGUGAGUAGUUUCUCACCUGCGGGGACCUGGAAAGUGCUGAGUGACCGAUUGCCUGGUGAUUUUCGCGUGUAGCUGCUUGGAAGUGGAGGUGAUUGACUCGGUGGAUAAUUUAUGCUGUGGCAGUCGAGUGCUUUUGCGUGGAACUGUAGCCCGGCCGACUCGUUGCCGCUGCCUGCGUUGUCUGCGCUGCGCUUGUUGUCACUGCUGGCGUUUGGUGUGAGGGCGGACGACCCUAGCCGCGAGCAUGGAAUGUCCGCAUUUGAACGAUAAUUGCAAGAUCAGCCGCGACAUUAUCAAGUCGAAGCGGUGUCAGCUGAUCGACGGGUGCGGAGCGAGCGUGUCCCCGUCGCCUGGAAGCGUGAGCACCAACAGCGACGUCACUAGCGUUGCCAGCUCGAGUAGCGGUGGCAGCAGUGGCGUUGCGUCAAGUGCGGUGGGCGCUGGCAACGUUGCGAAGGUGUGGAAAUGCUCAGAGUGCUCAUCUAUCAAGGAGAACUGGUUGUGUCUACUAUGUGGCUCCGUACUUUGUGGACGUUACGACAAAGCGCAUGCUCUAAAACACUUUACCACAGAGGAUCAUAAAGUUUGCAUGAACACGUUGAAUUAUUCGGUAUUCUGUUACAAAUGCGACGAUUUCGUUAUAAAUGAAACAUCUGACGUUGAUGAUCUCCGUCAAGUACUGAAAGGUGAAGAUGAUUCGUGUUCGGAAACAUCUUUAUCUACAAAUCCAGAGGAGACAGGCUCAUCAAAAUCUCAUUCCCAGCAAGAAACUGCGAGUGUAUCGUCAAGCGAUUCGGGGUGGGAAGAACCGCGACCAGGUCGCAAACUCAGGCCUCGAAAACGCACAAUUUCAAGUGAUAGUAGCGAAGGCGUAGCAAAGAAGAAGGCUCUUAGGAAGAUCGUAGGUCUUAGGAAUUUAGGAAAUACCUGCUUUAUGAAUUCUGUACUACAGUCGUUGAGCAACAUUCAAGAGUUUAGUUGCUAUUUUAGUGCGUUGCCAUGCUUGGAACAAACUUCGAAACAGAAACAGCAACGCGUCUAUCAUUCCAGAAGUAUGAAGGAUAAUCACAUGAGUGAUGCAAGCGUGGUCGAGGAGUUGCGGAAAGUUUUAAUUAGUUUAAGUCGUGGCGGCGAUGGCUCGAAAGCGAUUUCGCCCGAAUGUUUAUUUCUUGUGAUAUGGAAAGUAGUUCCUCAGUUUCGUGGACAUCGUCAGCACGAUGCGCAUGAAUUUCUGCGAUAUAUGCUGGAUCGUUUGCAUAAUGAACUGCUUUUAUUGUCUCCGGAAUCGAUCAAAGUCGCAUCAUCUGCGACAAGUACUAAAACGCAGGCUUCACAUAUUACCGGAAGUUUGUAUCCAUCACUCCCAGAUGGUAUGCCGCCGUCGUUGUCCUCGAAUAGCAGUAAUUAUGUGCUGAAAAACGGGAAAAGUUCGAUAGUGACGAACGUUUUCGGCGGCACAUUGCAAAGUGAAGUUCGAUGCUUGAUCUGUGGAAUGGAAAGUAAAAAGCAUGAUCCAUUCCUCGACUUAUCACUCGACAUUCCAGAGCGUUUUUUCGACCACUGUGACGACAGUAGCGACUCAAAAGCCAUUUGUAAUAUAAACGAUUGUUUGUCUAGUUUUACAGAAGUAGAAGAAUUAGCUGAAACAGAGUUGUACUAUUGCAGCUCAUGUAAAUGUAAACAGAAGUCGACAAAACGUUUUUGGAUUCGUCGGCUACCCAAUGUUCUGUGUCUGCACAUUAAACGCUUUCGUUGGAAUAAUUUCUUUAGGACUAAAAUCGAUCAGAGGAUCUCGUUCCCAAUAACUUCCCUAGAUAUGUCUAAGUACGUUUUGAAUAACGGCCCAGAAACGCGUCGCAACAGCCAAACUAGCAACGUCUAUGAUUUGGCUGCCGUGAUUGUUCACCAUGGCAAUGGUUCAAGCUAUGGACAUUACACAUCCUUCGCAAUAAACAAUGGCACCUGGCUACACUUCAACGAUCACACAGUGAAAGAAGUGGACUCGUCAGCAGUGGCAGAAUGUAAACCGUACAUCCUUUUCUACAUUAGAAGAGAUGCGAUGGGCUCAAGUACAAUAUCGGGUUUCGGGACGGGAUCUACAACGACGACAUUGACAACAGGGACAGCGACCGCUUCAUCCUCUACAUUGACAACAAACACAAAAUAAAUGAGAUAUUAAUAUGAUGAGAUUCAUUUAUCAUUGGUAGAUAGUUAUUAAGACUGAUUUCAGAAUUUCA